CGCCACUGGACACACCCAUACUACUUCCUGAAUCAAUCUCUUUCCCCUUCAACGGUCCCCGGCGUUAAAAUCAAGUCCUAAAGAUGAGUUAUCCAGGUUACCCUCCCUCCGGCGGCUACACCCCACAGCCAGGUGCAUAUCCCCCCCAAGCAGGAGGUUACCCACCCCAGGCCGGCGGUUACCCACCCCAAGCCGGCGGUUACCCACCUCAAGCCGGCGGUUACCCACCUCAAGCCGGCGGUUACCCACCUCAAGCCGGCGGUUACCCACCUCAAGCCGGCGGUUACCCACCCCAAGCCGGCGGCUACCCACCCCAAGCCGGGGGCUACCCACCCCAAGCCGGGGGCUACCCUCCAGGAGCAGGGGGCUACCCUCCACAGCAGGCCGGAGGUUAUCCUUCCAUGCCACCAGCACAAGGUGGUUGGGGUGGAGCCCCUGGUGGUGGAAUGCCAGGCGGAGGUAUGCCCCAGGGAUACCCAGGCAGUCCUGCUCCAUGUCCACCCCAGGGAUACCCAGGAGGCCCUGCCCCAGAACAGCAGCCCAUGCCUGGCUACCCUGGAGGAGCCCCGGCACCCAACCCCUCCAUGCCAGGAUACGGAGGUGGUGCUCCAGCUACUCCCCAUUCGCCUGCCAUCAAUAGAGGCUACAGGGGUGCGAUAAAGGACCACCCAGGUGCUGACCCACUGAGGGAUGUGGAAGUCCUCCGCAAGGCCAUGAAGGGCUUUGGCACGGAUGAGUCCGCUGUAAUUGAGCUUCUUGGAAGCCGCACCAGCAAGCAGAGGGUUCCAAUGGUUGCAGCCUACAAAACCACGUAUGGGAAGGAUUUAUUCCACGAUUUGAAGUCUGAGCUGACUGGGAGUUUUGAGAAGCUGGCUAUUGCCAUGUUGCAGACACCAGCCAAGUUCGAUGCAUCUGAACUCAAAGAAGCCAUAUCGGGUGCAGGUACUGAUGAAGCAUGUCUGAUUGAGAUCCUGUCAUCUCGCUCCAAUGCAGAAAUCAGAGAAAUCAAUCAAAUUUACAAACAUGAGUAUGGUAAGACCCUGGAGGAUUCCAUCAGUAACGACACCUCAGGACACUUCCGUAGGCUCCUCGUCUCACUCUGUCAGGGAAAUCGAGACGAGAGGGAACAAGUUGACAUCAACAUGGCCAAACAGGAUGCUCAGAAACUGUAUGCUGCCGGGGAGAACAAAGUGGGGACGGAUGAGUCCCAGUUCAACGCCAUACUGUGUGCCAGGAGCAAACCCCACCUGAGAGCAGUAUUUCAUGAGUACCAACAGAUGUGUGGCAGAGACAUCGUGAAGAGCAUCUGCAGGGAGAUGUCUGGAGACGUGGAGGAUGGCAUGGUGGCUGUUGUGAAAUGCAUCAAGAACACUCCUGAAUACUUUGCAGAGAGGCUGCACAAGGCCAUGGCGGGGGCUGGGACCAAGGACAGGACUCUGAUUCGGGUCAUGGUGACUCGCUCUGAGGUGGACAUGCUGGACAUCAGACAGGUGUAUCAGCAGACCUACGGGAAAUCACUGUACACCGCCAUCUCUGGUGACACUUCUGGUCACUACAAGAAGCUGCUGCUGAAGCUGUGUGGUGGAAGUGAUUAGAGGGAUAUGAAGACAUCGCCUACAUCAACCAGGACAGUGAAGUCAUUGAAUUAGAAUAUUUAGAAUCAGAGGUGCUAUGGCCGUUCUAUUUCUAUGAGUGUGCUAGUCCAUAAGAAUGUGUCAGAAACUAUCCUAUAUCAACCUGUGAUGCAUGUAGUUCUUUUAGCUGUACUUGUGUCUCACACUCCAAUGCAACAUUUCAUUACUAAGUACUAACGCACACACCAUAAUGUGCUGGGUGAUAUAUGUAGGAUAAUUUAUUUUAUUUGCUGCAUAUGCAAUCAGUUAUUGUGUAGUCUUGAUUCAUUUUCACAGUGAUGGAAAAAGUACCCAAUUGUCAUACUUGAGUAAAAGUAAAGAUACCUUAAUAGAAAAUGACUCAAGUGAAAGUCACCCAGUAAAAUACUACUUGAGUAAAAGUCUAAAAUUAUAUACUCAAGUAUCAAAACUAAAAGUAUAAAUCAUUUCAAAUUCCUUAUAUUAAGCAAACCAGACGGCAUCAUUUUCUUGUUUUUUUAAAUUUACGGAUAGCAAGGGGCACACUCAGCCAUAAUUUACAAAUGAAGCAUGUGUGUUUAGUGAGUCCGCCAGAUCAGAGGCAGUAGGGAUGACCAGGGAUGUUCUCUUGAUAAGUGUGUGAUUUGGACCAUUUUCUAUAUGUGUACUUAGACCGCUGCUUUUGGGUGUCAGGGAAAAUGUAUGGAUUAAAAAGUACAUUCUUUUCAUUAGUACUGUAGUAAAGUAAAGGUUGUCAAAAAUAUAAAUAGUAAAGUACAGAUACUCCAAAAAACUACUUAAGUAGUACUUUAAAGUAUUUUUAUUGUGAUAUGUGUAAUCAUAUUUCAUGUUAUCAGGAUAGUAUAAUUUUAUACUAAAAUACAGUACUAUAAUUUACAAAUGAUUAUAUUAGCUUUCUGCCAAAUACUAAAUAAAUAUUAAUAUUUCUGGAUGUUAAAGCCUUUGUGUCAACAUGCAAAUAUUUUAGGAGUUUUAGAUACUUAAGAUAUACAAAAUGUAGUAUCCUAUAGCUUUAUUGCCGACUACUACUAUAUUCUAUGCAAAUUAGCACCUUGUUUCAUUUAGAAUGAAAGCCAAUGAUAAUGAAAUAUCACUACACAUUUCUUCCACAUUUUUCUCUGUUAGUGAUACCUUUUAUAAAUGUAGCCAAUUUUCCAUUGCUUGUUUCCCAGAUAUAAACACAAUGUUGCCUUUUAUGCUGCAGAUCCAAAGCCCGCCAUGGCAUGCAACUCUUUCAAUGUUAUACCAUCUAUUUUGAAAGCUGUUUAGUUCCACACAAGUCAAUAUUUGUUUCUCAUGUAAUCUUUCAUUGCCAUUUUUACCAUAAUUCAUAUGUAAGUCAUUGUGCAACUGUUUGCCAAAAGGUAAACAUUUCAUUAUUUGUUGUCAAUAUUAUUAACAGAUUUAUUAAUUACAUAGGUAUCUAUAACUGGGAUACAUAUAGUGUACAUUUAUGCCAGUAGAGGGCAGGUUUUACACACAAGUGAAAUUGGCAAUGGCUCCACUGAGACAUGGUAACUGGAAAAUUGUAGAUUCUAGUACAGUAUAUAGCUAUUAUAUUAAUACCACUUUUGUUACUUGUCACAAUGGCACAGAAGUGCUGCCUUUGUAUGUACAAACUAAUGUUUACAAUCAUUUGAUUGUUUUAAUGUUCAUCCACAGGCUUAAAGGCAUCAUUCCUGUCAAUUAAAAUAUUUUGACUGACUCA